CGGGUUACCUGUGGUACUAGAGUCUGGGUCGGGUGCCGAGGCGUUCUUUUUCCGUCGAGUUUUUAGCAAGAGCACGUGUAAUAAACAGUGUCCUAACAACUCGACAAAAACCGGCUAAGACAUGGGAAAGAUAAAAACACCAAAGGCAGCUAAAAAGACUCCUCUGCCCACAAAGAAAGAGGUUGUCAAGAAAUCAAAGAAGAAGGAAGAGUCAUCAGAGUCGGAUUCUGAGUCUGAAGAGGAGGCUCCUGUCAAGCUGAAAGCAGACGUACUCAAGCUUAAGGGAAUCAAGAAGCCAGACUCUUCAUCAUCCUCAGAGUCAGACAGCGAGGAGGAAGCCCCUAAAAAGCCAGCUGCCAAGCAAAAUGGCAAGGCCAAAAAGCAGAAUGGUAAAGCUCCUGUCAAAAAAGCUGCCAAAUCGUCAUCUGAAUCUGAGAGUGACGAAGACGCCCCAAAGAUAAAAGCUCCCGUUGCCAAAACAAGUGGCAAAAAUUCUGCUAAGAAGGCUGCUGAAUCGUCAUCAGAAUCCGAAUCUGAGAGUGAAGAGGAAGCCCCAAAAAAGAAAGAAGCUCCUGUUGCAAAACAGAAUGGCAAAUCAAAGAAGGCAAAGAAAGAGGAGUCAAGUUCUGAGUCAGAUAGUGACAGUGAUGAGGAAACACCAACUCCCAAGAAGACAGUGCCAGCCAAGGAGGAGAGUAGCAGUUCAGAGGAGGAUUCUGAUAAGGAGGGAGCUCCUGCUAAAAAGCCCAAGGCAUCCCCAGCUGAACAAGCCAAUAGCAAGAAGGCAGCUAAGAAACCAGAGAAGACAAAGCCAGCAGAUUCUGACUCUGAUUCUGAGAGUGACAGUGAUGACAAAGAAAAAGCCUCCAAAAAGCCAGUGGUUGCCAAAAAAGCAGCCAAGGAGGAGAGCAGCAGCAGUGAAGAGGAUUCAGAUGACGAUGAUGAGAAACCUGCAGCGACUGCUUCUAAACCUGACAAGAAAACUUCAAACAAGCGCAAAGAAAGCAGCAGUGAGGACGACUCUGAUGACAGCGAUGGAGAUGAACCCGCUGCUAAAAAAGUCAAGCCGGCCAAGGCAGAGAAGGAGGAAUCAAGCAGUGACGAGGAGGAGUCAGACGAGGAGGAAGAGGAGGAGAAACCUAAACCAAAGAAAAGAAAAGCCACUGAAGAAUUCUCUGCUCCAAAGGCAAAGAAUCCUAAACCGACUGAUGACAAUGAAUCAAUGAGUGUAUUUUUGGGUAACCUUUCAUUUGAUGCUGAUGAAGAGACGCUUGCUGCAUUUUUUGAAGAGAAGGGACUCUCUGCUACUUGCCGAGUCAUCACCCAAGAAGGCAGAUCCAGAGGGUUUGGAUAUGCAGAUUUCACCAGUAAAGAGGACUACAACAAGGCCUUAGAGCUCAAUGGUGAGGACUGCUGUGGGCGGGAGAUUCGCAUUAACCCAGCAAACAGCAAGCCCAGCAGGGGUGGUGGUAAUACACCAAGAGGAGGUGGCCGUGGCCGUGGCGGCCGUGGGGGAUUUAGUGGUGGCCGUGAUCAGAACCCUCCUAACAGCAGCUUGAUUGUCAGGAAUCUUUCGUAUGAUACCACAACAGAUUCACUUGGUGCAGCAUUUGAGGGAUGCAGUAAUGCCAAAGUCAUUUUCGACAGAGAAUCAGGAGAAUCCAGAGGGUUUGGAUUUGUCGACUAUGAUGAUGUGGAAACAGCCAAAAAAGUUCUCAGUGAGAUGGCAGGUGCUGAAGUCGAUGGCCGCCAAGUAAGACUAGACUUCGCCUCUCCAAGAACUGAAGGUGGAGGUCGUGGUGGUGGAAGGGGAGGAGGACGUGGUGGUUUCCGUGGUGGACGAGGAGGCCGUGGUGGUGGUGGAAGGGGAGGUCGAGGAGGUGGGAUGGGUGCAAGAAAACAAGGCAUUCAAGAAUUCAAGGGCUCCAAAAUUACAUUUGACUAACUCAUAAAAGAUAGGAUCUUUUUUAAGCCUUUUUUAGUUGGUUUGCUAGGCAUAUAUGAUAUUUACAGAUAAAUAGGCAACUGUUGAUAUUAUAAAUCAACUCCAUACUCUCCACCUACAUCCCUCUGAACAACACAUAAUUUGACAUAAAUGAAGUUGUUGUUUUUACAGCAAUAUUGUUAGAGUACACUGAUUACAUUCCUUAAAAGACUAUUUUACCAAUUGAUAUUGAAUAGCAUGCUGUAUUAUAUUGGUCGUGUAAAUUAUAGCUUUAGGAAGGAUUAUUUUUUAUGUAUUGUCAUUAUGGAUAGUUAGCCCCAUUAUCCCCUCUUGUCGAUCAUGACCUGGCCAUUGUCAAAGGGAGGUAUUCAUGAAAUAUGUAUAUAUUAUACACUAAACCAUGGAAGUGACUGGUGAUUUGAAAACAAAGAUUUCAGGGCACUGAAGACUCUUCUCUUCUGCCGUGAAAAUGGGUGUCUGGACCCUUCAGGGGGCAGUCUACUUAUUGUCAUCUUUAAGUGUAUUUUGUACUGUAGAUCCAACUUGCCAAUAAAGUGAGGCUGUUGCUAA